CCACGUGUAUUACGGCGCCAAUCAAAAUCAAAACCGAUUCAGAGGGCGCGUAGUAGUCCUGCCUCAUUGGUCCAUCAUGACAUUUACAGAGUCACUGUAGCAACCGGGCGAGAAAGAAAUGAAAACAGAAAGGGGCCAGGCACCAACAAAGCGGUACCAUCGUGUGCUCUCUGUUGCUGCAUAGGAGCUUGACCAAACGAAUGAAAAGAAAAGUCCAACAACACUUUCAGUGUCUGGUGAAGCCUAGUGCUUAACAUGGAGAACAACUGCGAUAAAGGAGAUGAGAUGCAGGCAGAGCUGGCUUCAAUUGAACUGGAGCUGGAGGAGGUAGAGCAGCAGAUCGCCUCUUUGCUGGACAGACAGAGCGAGUUGAACGCGCAGAGGACGCGCCUGCUCAAGUCCCUCCCGGACCCGCUGUCCUCUGACGGGACGUCCCAAUCACCUGGCUCCUCACAACCCUCCCAACCCCGUCUCAGCAAACAGGAGCUGCAGAGCUACAAGAAUGCAGAUUUCCCCUGGUCUAAGGAGGUUCAGGACAAGCUUGGCGCCAUGUUCAAGCUGUCUAAGUUCAGACCGCUCCAGCUUCAGGCCAUAAACCUCAGCAUGUCUGGGAAGGACCUGUUCCUCGUCAUGCCAACGGGGCGAGGAAAGAGUCUCUGCUACCAGCUUCCUGCCGUGUGCUCCAAAGGUUUCACACUGGUGAUCACCCCUCUGGUGUCUCUGAUGGAGGAUCAACUCAUGUAUCUGGAGUCCGUUGGGGUCCCGUCUGUCUGCCUCAACGCCUCCAGCACAAAGGAACACGCCCGAUCAGUGUUGGCGGGCAUGAUCGACAAGGACUCUCCCUUCAAGCUGUUGUACGUGACCCCAGAGAAGGUCGCCAAGAGCAAGCAGCUUAUGGCCAAACUGGAGAAGGCCUACAACCUGGGUCUGUUGGCACGCUUCGCAGUGGACGAGGUGCACUGUUGCAGUCAGUGGGGACAUGACUUCAGGCCCGACUACAAGUUGCUAGGUAUUCUGAAGAGGCAGUUUCCCAAAGUGCCUCUGCUGGGCCUGACCGCCACAGCCACCAGCAGCGUGGUCAAGGACUGCCAGAAGAUGCUGUGCGUCCCCGACACCACCACCCUCACCGCCCCCUUCAACCGACCUAAUCUCUACUACGAGGUACGCUACAAAGAUCCCCUGAAUGAAGAUUCAGUCAGCCAAAUCGCCUCACUCAUCAAAAGCAGAUACAAGGAUCAGUCAGGUAUAGUGUACGUGCUGUCUCAGAAGGAUGCUGAGUCUGUGUCCACGGAACUGCAGAAGAAUGGCAUCUCAGCACAGCCCUACCAUGCCAACUUGGAGCCCAGCUACAAGUCCCGUGUUCACAAGCAAUGGACCAACAAGAAGAUCCAGGUUGUGGUUGCAACCGUGGCUUUUGGAAUGGGCAUUGAUAAAGCCGACGUUCGAUUCGUGAUCCAUCACACCAUCAGCAAGUCCAUAGAGAAUUACUAUCAGGAGAGUGGCCGAGCAGGGAGGGAUGACAAACCAGCCGACUGUAUUGUGUUUUAUGGCUAUCAGGACAUCUUCAGGAUCGCCACCAUGGUAGUCAUGGACCACACUGGCCAGCAGAAAAUGCACAACAUGGUGGCUUACUGCCAGAGCGUGGACAAAUGCCGGCGCUCAACUAUCGCCGUCCAUUUUGACGAGGUGUGGGACGAUGAGGACUGCAACCAGAUGUGUGACAUCUGUCGUCAAGGCAAUGACUACAUCACAGUGGACAUUACCAAGCACGCCCGUGAGGUGCUGCAGAUCGUGAAUCUGGCCGGCUCGCUGGACGAGAAGGUGACCCCCCUGAAGGUGUCUGAGACCUGGCUGGGUAAGGGCCCCGCCAAACGUCGGCAGAUGAUCCGAGUCACCACGCUGUCCCGUGUGGAGGCCGAGGCUGUCAUAGUUCACCUGCUGCUGCUUGGCUACCUCUGCGAGGACUACAGUUUCACGCCAUACACCACUUACUGUUACCUGAAGCCGGGCAGGAAAGCUGUGCUUCUCAAGAGCGAGAGUCACUCCGUCACCAUGAAGAUGAAAAGGGCCAUACCUGGAGGCCAGGACAGCCCAGUGGAACCAGGGGAUGUCACCUCAGCCGACUCAGUUACGUUAUUAGAUGUGAAUGACAGGUUAGACAAAACAGACAAGAAUCAUCAAAAUCAGGCUAGAAAAGAGAGGGAAGGUUGUACUGAGAUACCUUCUCGGGACGAACCCGACCUUAGAGAGCGAGAGCCUGCUGUCGUUGAAGUGGACGUGGAGAUUAACUUCACAGAAAUCGAUGAAGCAGGUAAAGUGAGGAGCGAGCCCAAGUGCGUUGCUUCAGAACCUCUCAAAAUUACGCCAAAACGCAAAUCGACCACCCCAAAAAGGAGGAGGCGUCAAGCUCCUGUCGGUGGCCGCGUGGGUGCAUCUGUUCCUGCAACGCCACCCCUAAUCAGUUCUCCUUCGCGGGUGUCCAUCAUCUCUGACACUGCCGCGGAGGAACUUUACGACCUCCGCAGCUACUACAACUGCCAGCUGCGGAGAAUAAACUACAUUUCCCAUGAGCACCUGCAGGAGGCACACCCCGGAGUGCUGACCUGUAUGCGCGAACCGUUCAGAAACCUCCGUUUGCCUUUCGGCUCCACCAUUACUAAGAGUGCUAGAGACCUGUGGACUCGCGUUAGCAUCAGGAGAAAGUUGAUACAGAGGUGACAUUUGUCACUCGUACUGCUUCAUCAUUCCCUUGUUUUGCACUACCUGACCUGAUCAGAUCACUGAGAACUGCCACUGUAUGAAGGAUAAAAAUGCUACAGUUCCUCGUAUGAAUCUAUAUAACUAAAUUAGAUCUUAGUUUAUUUAGCAAAUGAUUUAUGGCAUUUAUGUUUUCAUUAUAAAAGAGAUGAGUCAAGUAUGCAUUAAAAUAAUGUAUAUUUACCUAAA